GAGACGCGGAGAUUGAGUUCUUUCAGACGCUGUCUUCGACAUCCUCCAUCACCAGGAAGACCUGGCUCCCAGAAAACUCGCCUUAAAAUUAUCGAUGAGAUCCGGGCCGGCGAUGGCCAAAAUUCACAAAUCGUUUUAGUGGAGGUUGUCUCUGGUCAACAUUGCGGCAAGCAGGUGGUAGCGAAGUUCUAUGACCCGGUCUACUUUGAAGAUUCCCAAGACGACAUCGACCCUGUGCUCCAUGUAGGUAAGGCAUAUGCUUGCGAAUCGGCUGCGUACGGACGUCUCUCGGCUCGAGGGCAACAGAAUAUUCCCGAGUUUUAUGGGACGUACCCCCUAGAGCUCACCGUUUGCUCUGGUAUAUUCCGUUCUGUCCGUUUGAUUUUACUGGAGCAUGUCCAUGGAGUGCAAAUGCAGACCCUACAACCAUCCAGACUCAGCCAAACCUACCGCAAGGCAAUCAUGAAAUGAAUCACCGGCGUCGAGUCGCGACUCUACGAGAAAGACCUGAAGCACAAUGCGGUGCACCCACGGAAUAUUAUCAAACAAGGGCUGGAGGAUCAGGAUCUGUCCAAACUCCGGAUUGUCAUGACUGGUUUUGGGGGGUGCAAUCAUUGAUCGCUCGAGCGACAAUGAUGCUGAGUCGGCACUCGAGUUUCUUUUGGGCACGUAUAUCAGUCCCAUUUUGCGGUGGUAUAGCGAAGAUUUUGGUGUGUUCACGGACGCUUUCGAUCAGUGGAUCGACUGGAACUGGAACGAUUGGAUUCGGGAGGAGCACAGUGAGGAUAUUCAAAACACCACGCCCUACAUGGAGUCUAUCUGGUGGGACUGUUUGCACUUGGAUUCAGAAUAGUUCGGCUAUUGAACACGAUACCUUCAAC